GUGAGGGGCGACCCCCAAUCGCAGCGUUUGUUCGCGUAAUAGGAGAGCACAGCGAGGGAGAGAGAACAGAGUGCGAGCUGCGGCCGCCAUGGCGUUGGUUUCUCGUCUCCUCUGCCGAUCUAGACAGUUAUAUGCUGGUCAGAUCAUUUGGCAACAUGAUCAUGCUAUGUCAGCUCGAUCCUAUGCAAAGGAAGCUGCACCCUCUAAUUUACCACCCCUCAAAGGAGAUGAAAUGUUGAAGAGCAUAUUUUAUGAGGUCAAGAACAAAUUUGAUAUUGCCCUUGGUGUGCUUCGGAAGGAAAAGAUCACUAUUGAUCCUGAUGAUGCAGCAGCUGUUUCUCAGUAUGCCAAAGUUAUCAAGACCAUAAGAGAAAAGGCAAAUCUGCUUUCAGAAUCUCAACGGAUAAAAUACACAAUCGAGCAACAUACACAAGGCAUUCCUGAUGCUAGAACAUACUUGUUGACACUACAGGAGAUACGGAUCAAGAAUUGCCUUACAGAUGAUCUUGGUGCUGAGGCUAUGAUGAUGGAAGCCUUGGAGAAGGUUGAGAAAGAGAUCAAGAAGCCACUGCUGAGGUCGGACAAGAAGAACAUGGCUUUGCUCUUAACUGAAUUUGACAAGAUCAAUAAGAAACUGGGAAUUAAAAAGGAAGAUCUUCCCAAGUAUGAAGAACAGUUGGAACUCAAAAUUGCUAAAGAAGAUCUGCAGGGUCUGAAGGAGGAGGUAACCGAAGCAAUGGAAUCCCAUCUUAAAAGGGAGGAGUUCAAGGAUGAGCAGAUGGUUGACGUCAAGUCGUUGGAUAUUAGGAAUUUUAUCUGAGAUUUUGCUUAAAAGUCUAUUGUCUAAAGUCUAUUGCCUAAACCCUGAAGGCAAGUUUUUCAUUUAUGUGCUUUCAAAGUAAGUUGUUUCAACCAGCAAUAUGCUUAAUAUGGACGCUGUUGACGACCUGACCUUUACAUUUACCCAAUAAUAAGCUGCUGAAUGUGCCAUACAUUAAUUA